AUGGCUUUCGUUCCUCCUGAACUUAUAUUAUGUAUCUUAGAACAUGGGUACUACACCUCAUUAGGCACCCCAAACUACACGCUCCUCAAAGCUGGUGCACUGGUGUGCAAAACCUGGUCAGGACCCGCUCAAUCCCUGCUCUUCCGCCGUGUACAAAACCUUGAAGCACGCAAUACCAUCACGUUUCAUGCAGCACUACUCUCUUCAGCGAUCCGGGGGAAAUCCUUAGGUGACUGCGUACGGGCCCUCGAAGUAUCGAUUGGGUGGGAUGGGGGAUGCAGUCUAGAUGACUUUGUGAGGCUUCUGCAAGCUUGCCCUCACUUGUAUGAGCUCGGGCUGAGCAUCUACGGAAUACACGAGUUCGAGGAAGAGAUACUGAAGAAGCUGGGAGAUGCAGGGCGGAGACUGAAAGCGCUCCAAUUAGCACGUUGUGGGCUCCAAUCACCCAUCCUUUUCCAGCUCCUCAAGACAUGGAACAAUAUCCAGUUCCUCAACAUUGGCAACGAGAUUGCUGCGUGGCCAUGGCGCACUGCUACAACACCGGUGCUACGGAGGAACACCGAUGCUGGAGAGUUGGCGCAACGACCUAGUGCAGAAGUCUGCUUGUAUGAUCUUGCGUUGUCGAGGUUUCCAACACCAGAAGUUCUAACCUGGUUACUUGCAUCGUCCACCGACUCGCUCCGCAUCCUAGAACUGCGAGAUAUACCAGGUCCUACACAACGAAACAUCCUUUCUCUUCAUGCCCCGCGACUUCGCUCCCUCCGUCUCGCGCACUACAACAUACAUUCUGCUGCUCUGCUUCGUAUGUGCACUGCGCUGGAAGAGCUGGUGCUUUACCAUGUUCCCACACAUUUUCCACUAGUGCCUGAUCUCCCGCCCACCAUCGAGCACCUUUCUUUCAGAAAUCCAAAUCACACUUACCGCAACACGCUUCAGCCCAUUAUUACAGCAGUGGAUGCGCUUCCCAAGCUUAGAGUCCUGACAUGUGACAGGAAUGCGGAGCAGCUGGUGGUGGACUAUGAGAUAUUGAAGGCGAAGUGCAGAAUGAAGGGUGCUAAGGUUAUCGUAGCGGAUAUGCCGUUCUGGGUGUACGAGGACCCUGUCAUAGUACACCGUUUUCCUCGGACUCGUUCUGUGUCGAACUUUGACGCGAUGUUUUAA